AUGGCUACCCAUAAAGAAUUAUCGUCGGUAAAAAUUAAAAAGCCCAAAGAAAACAAUGAAAAACUAGCAGACUUAGCCGCUAAAAUUGAGGAGACAGAUGAAAUGAAGUUGAAAAUGUUAGCUGCACUGGAUAAACCUGAUCCUGACGAUAUUUUAUAUCCGCCUGAAUUAAAUGCCCAUUUGAUAGACCAACUAAAGGUAAUGACAGGUGAAAAUAACGAAUUACGCAAAUGUGUUUACACAAAGGAUCAAGAAAUAAAAGAACUUAACAAAACCAUAAAAGAUUUGAAUCAAAGAAUCCGGGAUCUCAUAUCCGGUAGCGGUCCUGCAAUUUCUUCGAAAUCAGCCGGAGUCAUAAGUGCCAAAAUAACGGACUUAUGCAAACAGAACAGACAUCUAGUUGCAGAGUUAGAAGGAUAUAAAACAAAAAAUGCAGCCUUGGAACGUAAAAUCAUGCAACUCGACAUUUUAAACAAAGAAAACGAGAAAUUAGAGGCAUGUCUGUGCAAAGAAGAUUUUCAAGACGGUAGUUCUGAUGAACUGAAAGAAUUGAACACUAAAUUAGCGGCAGUCAACAAAAAACUAUAUGACAGUAAAAACAGAAAUCUAGAAUUGAAGAAUGACAUAUUAGUGGCAACGAAAAUCUUGCAACAGGAGCUGGGUGAUAAGUUUACUAGCAUAAAAGAACUGCAGAAUGACCUGGCUGGAUGGAAAGGGAGGGCUCAACAAAUAUUACUUCUGCAGAGUAGAGUAAAUGAGCUAGAGGAGAAAUUGAAUGGGAAGCAAAAGGAUAUGAUUGAGGUUAAAAGAAAAGACCAGAGUCAGAUAAUAAGAGAAUUAGAAAUGAAGAGAAAAAAGGACGUAGAUUUAGCAAUGAAAGAGCUAGAAGUUCUAAAAGAGGAGAACCAAGAUUUGAAGAGGAAAUUGGACGGAUCUCGCUGCAGAAUUAGAAAUUUAGAAUGUGACGUUACCACCAUUAGGCAGAAGAUGCAAACGUUUGUGGAAAAGAGCAAGCAUGAUGAUAUGUUGAUAAAUGAACAAAGGAAUCAGUUAAAAAAUUCCGAACUCUAUUAUCAAGAGAUAUUAAAAGAGAACUCUUCGAAAAUGAACAAAAUGAAUACUGAAAUUAAUGAAUAUCAGAAACAGAUAAAAAAUACUGAUGCUAAAAUUGAUGCAUUGCGUAAACAAGCGAACGAAAAAGCAGCAAAAAUAGAAGAAUUGCGAGCCCAAUUAUUGAGAUAUGAAGAAUGUUCACUACAAAGUGUGUUUUUCACUCCAAUGAAAACCGCUACUGAUAACGAAAUAAAAAAACUAAGCGAGUUAAUCAUAACACUAAAUACGAGAAUAGACAACGAAAGACACAAAUGGGAAGAACAAGAAUCGGCAAACAGAAAACUUAAAGAAAAGAAGAAACGCCUAGAAAGAAAGAUUAAUAAUUUAGAAGAAGAACUUAAGACCUACAAAGAAACCAGGAGAACUUCAAGGCUUUCAAGGACAUCCAUGCAAAAGGAGACAACUUUUGACGCUUUAGGUACUAAUACUGUGACCAAAAAACAGUCUUCGAUUGCAGCUGUUGAAAAACCAAGCGAGACUUCUUCUGAAUCUCAACCAGCUGCAGACUAUGAAACUUUAGAUAAAGAAGAAUUGAAAUUCAAACUUGAAUUAGCUGAAGAAAAAUUAAAAAUUAUGGAGGACAAAUUAAGGAUGAUUGAAGAAGAAAAACAAGAUGACUUCAAAAAUUUAACCGAAAUGAUACAAACAUCAAAACAGUUGUUCAAUGAAGCACUAGCGGUGUUGCAACGAGAGAAGUGUAACUGUUCCUGA